CCAGCAGUAUGAGGCUUACUGUCCUUCUUGAACAGCCCGGGGGCACAGAUCAGCUAUAGUUAUGGCUAGGUUUACAUCUGAGUCUUGUGUAUGAAGUUGUUUCUUCCAAGAAGCAGCAGUGCUGGUUUAAAUGUCAUAGGAACACGCUUGAGUUUCAUCAUGGGAGCUGUAGUAGCUGAUGACGGUCCAUCUGGUGUUAAAGCCCCUGAUGGAGGCUGGGGCUGGGCUGUCCUUUUUGGCUGUUUUAUCAUCACAGGAUUCUCCUAUGCCUUUCCUAAGGCAGUCAGUGUCUUCUUCAAAGAACUUAUCCGGGAAUUUGGUGUUGGAUACAGUGACACUGCAUGGAUUUCCUCCAUUCUGCUGGCCAUGCUUUAUGGGACAGGUCCACUCUGCAGUGUAUGUGUCAAUCGCUUUGGCUGUCGUCCUGUCAUGCUGGUGGGUGGCCUUUUUGCAUCAAUGGGGAUGGUCAUAGCCUCUUUCUGCACGAGCAUUGUUCAGAUCUAUCUAACUGCAGGUGUGAUUACUGGUUUGGGUUUGGCACUGAACUUUCAGCCUUCGCUCAUCAUGUUAAACCGUUACUUUGACAAACGCCGUCCUUUAGCCAAUGGGCUAUCUGCUGCUGGCAGCCCAGUGUUUCUUUGUGCCCUCUCACCAUUGGGGCAGAUACUACAACAUGAGUAUGGUUGGAGAGGAGGAUUCCUUAUACUGGGUGGGAUGCUGCUCAACUGCUGUGUAUGUGGAGCAUUAAUGAGACCUUUGGAGCCGCCCAAAAAGUCUGAAGCUACCAAAGAACUUGAUGAGAAGAAAGUGAAGAAAAAGCUUCUGGAUUUCAGUGUGUUUAAAGAUGGUGGUUUUGUAAUCUACACACUAGCAUCCUCUGUCAUGGUGCUUGGCCUCUUUGUGCCCCCAGUUUUUGUUGUGAGCUAUGCCAAGGAUUUAGGUUAUCAAGACACAAAAGCAGCUUUUCUUCUGACUAUUCUGGGAUUCAUUGAUAUCUUUGCUCGGCCUAUUUGUGGAAUGGUAGCUGGUCUCAAGUGGGUUAGACCACGCUGUGUCUACCUCUUCAGUUUUGCUAUGAUUUUUAAUGGCUUUACAGAUCUUAUGGGUUCCAUGUCUGUUGACUACGGCGGCCUGGUGGUCUUUUGCAUUUUCUUUGGCAUUUCUUAUGGAAUGGUAGGUGCUCUUCAGUUUGAAGUUCUCAUGGCUAUUGUUGGUACUCAGAAGUUUUCCAGUGCUAUCGGUUUAGUUCUCCUGGCGGAAGCUAUGGCUGUUCUAAUUGGUCCACCAUCAGCAGGUAAGUAUUCCAUUUAGUUCAGAAGUCAACAUCAUUUGCAUUGCACCUAUUUAUACAAAUUACAUGAUAAGGGGGAGAAAAAGAAACAACAUGAGUCACUCAAAAAAGUGUAUAUUGUCCUAGUGUUGCACAUGCUUACAUGACUUUUUUGCAGUUACAAUGGGAUGAAUUCUAUCCUUUUUUUUUUUUUGUCUUGGGCCUAUUUUACAAUUGGUUGAAUUGCCACCUGGAGGUGCUGCUCUUCCUCUACUGAAAGCCUACACUGAAAGCCUAUCUUAUUAGUUGAUGGCUAAUAUUAUAUGAGAUGAAUUUCAUACACACACAGUGAAUAACUUUUAUGAAGUUCAGAUCUCUUUGGAUUUGGGAUUCAGAAUAUGAAAUCUGUCAGUUUACUUCAGAAAGUACUGUGAUAGAUGCUGUAUCCCCAUGGUAGAUUUGAAAGAGGAAAGAACAAAAAACCUUCAAAAGAUGAAAAGGAGAAAAAAAAACGUACAAGGAGGACUAGGAAACAUCAGGACUGUUUUAAGGAAGGUAGAUUGACUGCUUCUGUUGCACAUGUCCCACAACCCAAGACUAAGGGGACACUACAAAAUACUGCAAGUUCAUUACUAAUUAAAGCACAUAAAUUUUACACAAUACUGAGCUAAAAAAAUAUAAUUCACUGCCACAGAAUACUGUUUACACCAGGCACUUAAAAAGCAUCAAGUAUCUUUACUAUAACAGAGUCCUUUAUGGAGAAAAACAGUACUAUGCAUUACUUCUUGUGACAUUCAGGUUUGGAGCGGAGCUUCCUCCACAUCCGCCCUCCUAUUCUUCACCUGCACCCAAUCCAGUGAAAAUUUAACUUGAAUAAAGCAUCAGAGAGUCAGUCAGUUGCUCCAGACUGACUAUUAAAUAAGACUAACAUUUUAAGCAGACCAUUUGCCUGCACAGCGCACUGCCUGCCUGGGGAGGGAAGAUGAGGUUGGGAAUGAGAGGAAGCUGAUGAUACAGAUCCUGACCACGGAUGCACAUAUUUUGGUCUGAAAUGUAUGGUGCUUGUCCCAUCUCUUGCAUACGAAGUCUAGGUUGGUUUCAUUCCAGCUGAAUUGCAUGACAGUGUGUGUGUGUGUGUGGGGGGGGAAUAUAUGUUUCAGAUUGUUAAAUACUUCCAGUGAAUGCUGACAUUGAAACAGUUGCGAACUCUUUUGUUAUAAACUUGUUCAAAUACCAUUUCAAAAACUUAGUUACAUAAUCAGGGUACUUCUGACCACCAGUCAUUUAAAUGCUGGCUUUGUUAAAAAAAAAAAAAAAAAAAAGCAGACAAAAUUUCAUUGUAAGAUAAUCAUUUUUGUUAAUUACCUGGAAUGUUGUCUUUUUCAGGAAAACUCUUGGAUGCAACACGGAGGUACAUGUUUGUUUUUAUUAUUGCUGGAAUUGAAGUUACCAC